AUGCCCAAAGAAAUGCUUGGAGGUGGUGGCUAUGGCAAUAUCGAGAGAAUGGUGGCGCUACGACUCACCAUCAGGGAAAGAGUUGUGGAGGAAGUAGCUUCUCCUGCUUUCUCAAUCGUCGAUGGAGAGUGGUGGCUUCGCUGGUGGUCGGUUGGUCGCCGGUGGUCUCUGUCGAUUGAGAGAAAUGGUUUUGGGAAAGGGUGCGGAACAAAGGUUGCAGCAUGUGCCAAACACUACGUGGGGGACGGGGGGACGAGGAAGGGCAUCAAUGCAGAUGACACCAAAUUAAGCUGGCAUGGUUUGCUGAGCACCCACAUGCCACCCUACUACAACUCUAUUAUCAAGGGCGUGGCCACCAUCAUGGUGUCCUACUCCAGCUUCAAUGGCCACAAGAUGCAUGCCAACCCACUUCUCAUCACCAGCUUCCUCAAGCACACCCUCCAUUUCAGAGGUUUUGUCAUCUCAGAUAUGGAGGGUAUUGAUUGGAUCACGUCUCCUCCUCAUGCUAACUAUUCAUAUUCCAUCCAAGCUGGAAUUCUAUCUGGGAUUGACAUGGUCAUGGUUCCUUUCAACUAUACUGAAUUUAUUGAUGAACUAACCCACAUGGUAAGGAAGAGAAUCAUUCCCAUUAGCCGAAUCAAUGACGCAGUGAGAAGGAUUCUGAGGGUGAAGUUUGUGAUGGGUCUUUUUGAGAACCCUUUUGCUGAUCACAAUCUUGUACAUCAGCUAGGAAGUCAGGAGCACAGAAACUUAGCCAGAGAAGCAGUGAGAAAAUCUCUUGUGCUGUUGAAAAAUGGUAAUUCAGCGGACAAGCCACUGCUACCCCUUCACAAGAAAGUGCCUAAAAUACUUGUUGCUGGAAGCCAUGCAGGCAAUCUAGGUUACCAAUGCGGGGGUUGGACAAUCGAGUGGCAAGGACUUAGUGGCAAUAACCUCACAGCAGGCACAACAAUCCUCUCUGCCAUAAAGCGUACGGUUGACCCAACAACUAAAGUCUUCUACAAGAAGAACCCGAGCUCUCACUUUGUCAAGUCUGCUAAAUUAUCUUAUGCCAUUGUUGUGGUAGGAGAGCCUCCUUAUGCAGAGACAUAUGGUGACAGCCGGAAUUUGACAAUCCCUCACCCUGGUCCAAGCACAAUUAGAAAUGUCUGUGGAGCUGUGAAAUGUGUUGUCAUCAUUGUUUCAGGCCGCCCAGUUGUUAUUCAACCGUAUCUUGCCGAAAUAGAUGCACUCAUUGCUGCUUGGCUUCCAGGUUCUGAAGGCCAAGGAGUUGCUGACGUUUUGUUUGGUGACCAUGGUUUUACUGGCAAACUGCCGAUCAGCUGGUUCAAGACCGUCGACCAACUCCCAAUGAAUGUUGGGGACAUAGAUUAUGAUCCUCUCUUCCCAUUAGGAUUUGGACUCACCACGGAACCCACCAAGGCACACUAG